AUGGCUUUAAACCCCAACAUAGAGCUCAGCCAAACUGUGGCUCACAAGCCAUGGCAAGAAACAUACGACGAUUGCCGAAUCGAGGUUGAGACCAACGGUGGUGAAAACCUCCGUGAAGAAGAGCCGAGGCCGCCCGAGUCUGGGUGGAUCAUCUGCAUCAAUAAGAACCUCGAUCGAGCUAAGCAGGACCACAGGGCACACUCAUGGCGCCUCCGUGAGAAGGACAAGGAUAAGUGGCGUGGCCUCGUGUGCAUGCUCAAGCGCAAUAUUGAGAAGAUAGAGGACUAUCUAGAUGCAAUGAAGCAGGUCGAGGAGAGAUCCCGCGCUUGCUAUGAGGGGACGAUAAAGAUGCGCAAUGAAGAGUUCGUAAUGAUGAUGGUUCUCGAUGGGUGCUUUGUCAUCAAGUUGUUCUGGGGAUACUCCAUGGGGUUCGAUAAACUUGGUUACACUCCCGAUGACCUCGUCUUCUCCUCGUCGCGGAGGAUCAAGUUCAUAAACGGGGAGGUGGAGGGUUUCCAGAAAAUCCAGUUCAAGGACGAGACCCUCGAGAUUCCUAGGCUUGUGAUCCAGGAUGCAACAAGGUCUCUUUUCCUCAACUUGGUAGCCUUCGAGCAAUGUCACUUCAAUUGCGGCAACAAUGUCACCUCAUACCUGUUCAUGGACAACUUGAUUAACUCCGCCGAGAACGUGGGGCACCUCCACAAUUGCGGGAUCAUGGAGCACUGGCUCAGGAGCGACGCCGAGGUCGCUGACCUCUUCAACCAGCUUUGCAAGGAUGUGGUAUUGGUCGGCAGCCACAGUUAUCUCUCUGGACUGUCUAAGGAUGUGAACACUUACUUCGGCAACAAGUGGAAUGGCUGGAUAGCCAUUCUCGAGCUUAAGUACUUUAGUAAUCCCUUGUCAAUCAUUUCCUUUAUUGCUGCUUUCAUUUUGCUUGGGCUCACUUUGGCACAGACCUUGUAUGGAAUCUUUGGCUACUAUAGGCCAGGUUCUUGA